UCUGUUCAGUCCUAUUUAAUUGCAAUAGUUUUAAAUACAUGUCCCGUUAAAAAUAGAAACCAUUUGAUGUAAACACUUUGAAUAGAUCAGAAAAUAGCUUUUAGCCGAUUUUCUUAAAUAAUAAACAUACACAAUUUAACGGCUAUAAAAUAAAUUACCAAAGUCGCGUAUUUCCGGUUCCUUCGCUUAGCACUCAGAAUCACCAUGAGUCUUCCAGUAGCGCGAAUGAAAUGUGAGCUAAAGACCAUGGCAUUGUCGGGCGAUGCGGACCUGGAUGCGCAAAUUCGGUUAUGGCUGAGAUAUGACAAAGACCCAAGCACCUUAUCGCAGAUAAUGGAUGCAAUUAAGGCAGAAGAUUGGAGCACACUGCGACGACGACUGUGUACACGUAUUACAUUUGGAACAGCUGGAUUAAGGGGUUGUAUGCGGGCUGGCUUUGACUCCAUGAAUGAGUUGGUUGUGGUCCAAACCGCUCAAGGACUAUGCGCAUAUUUAAAGGAGCAGUUCCCAAACGAAGAGGACUGGAAAAGCCGCGGCAUCGUCGUCGGAUAUGAUGGACGAUACAAUAGUCAGCGAUUUGCUGAGCUAACCGCCAUUGUGUUUCUGAAUAACAAUUUCCUUGUUUAUCUUUACACUCGUUUUGUGGCCACGCCUUUGGUACCAUUUUCGAUUUUGAGGCUUCGCUGCUUGGCUGGAGUCCAGGUGACCGCUUCUCAUAAUCCUAAGCAGGACAAUGGAUAUAAAGUCUAUUGGAGCAACGGAGCCCAGAUUAUUCCACCGCAUGAUGCUGGCAUUCAAGAGGCUAUAAUGAACAACCUGGAACCCAGAUGCGAUUCUUGGGAUGAUUCAGCUUUCUGUGCCAAUGAUCUGUUGGAGGAUCCCUACGAAUCCGUUGUGCCAGCUUAUUAUGAUAUCCUGAAAAAGUCCAUUUCAUGUCCAUUGAUGGAGGCGAACGGCAAGUGUAAGUUGUCCUUUACUUAUACGGCUAUGCACGGUGUGGGUCAUCCUUAUGUCCGAACGGCUUUCGAUAAAAUAAAUCUCAAGCCAUUUAUUCCUGUGCGUGAGCAAAUAGAGCCGGAUCCCGAGUUCCCGACCACUCCCAUGCCCAAUCCUGAGGAGGGCAAAACCUCAUUGGAGUUAUCAAUUAAAACUGCCACGGAAAAUAAAUCUGAAAUCAUUUUGGCAAACGAUCCCGAUGCGGAUCGUUUGGCUGUCGCCGAGAUUGGUGAGGAUGGUAAAUAUAAAUUAUUUAACGGCAACGAACUAGGUGCUUUGCUGGGAUGGUGGUCACUGGAGAACUAUAAAAUGCGGAAUCCCGAUGGAGAUAUCUCCAAGUGCUCGAUGAUUGCUAGCACAGUUAGUUCCAAGAUUCUUAAAUCAAUGGCAGAACGCGAAGGAUUCAGCUUUCAUGAAACACUCACAGGUUUCAAGUGGAUGGGGAACAAAGCUAUCGAAGAGGAGGAGGCUGGCAAAACUGUUUUAUUUGCCUUCGAGGAAGCUAUUGGUUUCAUGGUUUCAACCAAUGUGUUGGACAAAGAUGGUAUCAGUGCCGCCGCCCAUGUGGCUACCAUGGCUUGUUAUCUGCGCUGUAAGCAAUGCAUGACCCUGCAGGAAAAGCUGCGCGACAUCUACGAGACAUAUGGUUUCCACGUUAGCAUUUGUUCAUAUCUCAUUUGCCACUGUCCGCCCGUGAUCACGGCCAUGUUCGAACGCCUACGCAACUUUGACAAUGAUCAGCCGAACACCUACCCCACAGGAAUUUUGGAUGAUGAGUUUGAAAUAGUCCAUGUAAGGGAUCUGACCACUGGCUAUGACAGCAGCACAAGCGACAAGAAGGCCACCUUGCCCGUUAGUUCCAGUUCACAGAUGAUCACGUUUACUUUUAAGAACGGAGCUGUGGUUACUCUCCGCACCAGCGGUACAGAGCCCAAGGUGAAAUAUUAUGCUGAGAUGUGUGGCAAACCAGAGGAUAAGAACUGGGAGAAACUGACGAACACUUUAAAGCGCAUGGUGGACGCCAUUGUCAAAGAGUUCUACGAGCCCGAGAAGAACGGUUUGGAGCCUAAACAUGACUAAGAUUACCAAUUGACGAAUAUGACAGCAGUUAAUUGCCUUCAAAAUUAAUUAGUUAUUCAUAACAAUAUUAACGUUGCACAAGCCGAAAAAACCAAAAAAUAGUUAACCAUGGACACAGAGCUGUCUUGUAAUUUACUGAUAUUCCAAACUGUAAUAGUGUAAUACUUUUAUUUAAACUAGAGUACAUAUUUAUAAAAAUGAAAUAAACAAAUCAACAGCA